GUGUUUGUACACACUCGGCGGCUGGGCCUUCCCUCCAUUGUGCCUGAUUGGCUGGCCGGCUGCGGGCGCUCUCUGCUCGGCUUGCGGGACACACCAAUGUCAGCCAUUUUUCAAUUGUGUUUGCAGCCAGCAGCCUGAGCUCUCAGCGCGCGGGGAAGCAGGUUUAGGACACUUCUGUUCUCUACACGAUGGCUCGUACCAAGCAGACAGCCCGUAAAUCCACCGGUGGGAAAGCCCCCAGGAAGCAGCUGGCGACCAAGGCGGCGAGGAAGAGCGCGCCCUCUACCGGAGGGGUGAAGAAGCCGCAUCGUUACAGGCCGGGUACCGUGGCUCUCCGUGAGAUCAGACGUUACCAGAAGUCCACUGAGCUGCUGAUCCGUAAACUCCCCUUCCAGCGUCUGGUUCGUGAAAUCGCUCAGGACUUUAAAACAGACUUGCGCUUCCAGAGCGCUGCCAUCGGUGCUUUGCAGGAGGCUAGCGAGGCCUACCUGGUCGGACUGUUCGAAGACACCAACUUGUGCGCCAUCCACGCCAAACGCGUCACAAUCAUGCCAAAAGACAUCCAGCUAGCACGUCGCAUACGCGGAGAGCGCGCUUAAAAAGAAACAAAAAAUUCCCAUCUUGUCAUCUUCGAAAAAAUAAAUAAAUCUUUUCUUCCUCGUAAUUGGUAGUUUGAGCGUUAGAUAUCUAUUUUUUUUUUCUCCAUGGGGUUAUAAAGGUACCUAAAUAUAUGGUUGUGAAUGGAAAUGUAGGGGACAGGUUCAGGUGCAGGCAAACUUCCAUUAUUUUUUUUUUUUUUCAUUUGUGUGUGAAUUUUUUUUAUUUUUAUUUUUUUCGAUGACCUUUUACAUUGACAGUGUUUCUGUCAUCUUGGCACCGCCGAGGCGGCCAUUUCACGCGCUGAAUCUCCUGUUCAGCCUUGAAAUUCAACAGGAACCCGGUCGCCUCAGAGACGUCAGGCUGGCUCGGGCCUCGCGCCUCUGCGGCGUCUCCAGUUCUUAUUGAAGUGGAUUUGUUUCAUAAACACUGGUGCUGCCCUCCGUAAAAUGGCUGCUUCCUCUCUUCAGCUCGCAAAAUGGCCGCCUCCGCCGUGUGGGGGAUGUUGGGCACGUUUUCUAUAAGCUGUUAACUACAGAAGUGAGUUAAUAACACGUCGACUUUAUAAGAAAAAAUUAUAAAUAGUGGUUUUUUUUUUGUUUUUUUUUUCUUCUGGACAAUGCCAGCAUUUGAAUUUAUAUUUGUUUUUUUUUCUU